CGGCUGUCAAUCCAAGCAUCUUCCCAUUUCUGUGACUCAUCGCGCCCAUCUGCUGCACCCGCUGCGCCUUUUCUCCAACAUCGCUGCAGCAUUUCACUCGACUGUUGCUGCUUCCAUGUCCAGAAAACUGAAGCAACCCCCGGCCCAACGCGACCAGACGCUUCGACUCAACACCUUGCCCAUCAGCGGACGCUUGCCGAACCCAAAUACCUCUCCGUUCCGCUUCGGGCACCGAUAAUGGCCAUAACAAGCGAGCCGUGGACGUCGCCCUCGCCCUGCGCCGUCGGGCGCGAGUUAGUCCAGGUCGAGCUACCAGUCUUGAACGCACUCGGAGCCGGAGAUCUUGCGGCGGCUCAGAAGAUGGAUUCGCUGAUAAAUCUGACUCCAUACCUCGUGUCCAGCGAGUGUCGCGGCGUGUGGGAGAGGCGCGCCCACCAAAUUCAGGCGGACGCUCGAGACGGCGUCUGGAUCACGCGACUGGUCAUCGACGCGCGCAAUCGGGCUGUCGUCGGCCGCGCAGGGUUUCAUGGGCAGCCGGACCAGGUUGGCAUGGUCGAGAUCGGCUACUCCAUCGACUCAAUGCAUCGCCGUCAAGGCCACGCGCGGGCGGCCGUGCAGAUACUCCUCGACGCCGCAGCUGGCGACUCCCGGGUCAAGACGGUUCGUGCAUCAGUCCGGCCGGACAAUAUACCGUCAUUGAGCCUGAUCCAGGAGUUUGGCUUCCAGCCGAUUGGGGAGCAGUGGGACGACGAGGACGGUUUGGAACUGGUCUUUGAACGUCCAUGCAGCUGACUCUGGGCAUGAUGGACAAUCCACCGAGAAAAGCAUUUGAACCGUGUAAACGUCUGACGAAAUAUUUGGCCAUUUGAACGGGUUUUCCAUGUAUGCUAAGGAAAACUAUUUACCACUAAGGAUCUCAGCUGAGAUCUUUUCUGCAAGUGCAUAUAUAGUGCUCUGCGGAUGCCCCGGCGGCAGCAGCGCGAAACUACUUGCGUCUACGACCCUCAGCGCAGAGACACCAAUGACUUUCGCACUGGGAUCUACGACCGCGUUGGGGUCGUCCUUCUUGCCCAUGCGACAGGUGCACGAGGCGUGCCACACCGUCAUGGCCGUCUUUCGGAUCGUCUCCAGUAUCUGCUCGUCCGUCUUAACGCCCGGCCCAGGAAAAUACUCUUCCGUGUCAGUGAGCACGCCUCUCAUGGCUUUGGUUGCAAAAGCCUCGCGGAUGCGCUUAUAGGUGGCGAUAGCAACGCUGACAUCCGUGGGGUCCGUGAGCCACUUUGGGUCGAUGAUGGGCAGAUCCUUGGUGUCUGACGAGGCGAGGGUGACGGUUCCUCGGGACAGAGGGGCAACUUGGGCGCCGAGGACUGUGGCAUACUGAUACCCGUCCUUGGGCUGCGUGGCGAAGAGAUUGCUGAAGGCACCGACAUAACCGGGAGCGUUGAUAUACUCAAGUUCUGGCCAGUCUGCUGGGAAUUUGUUGUCGAGAAUAGCCCCAUCAGCAGCAGUGAGGAGCUUACGGGGGAUUUUCUCCCAGCCGAGAAAGUCACAGACAUUAUUGGUGAGCGGCCCCUGCUUGUUAAUACUAUAGGGGCCGAGGAACUGGGUGCCGGUAUAAAUGAGAUCGUUUGCGAGGCGAGUGAGGG